AUGAUUCCCAUCCAGUCGCGUUUGCAGGAGAUGGCCCUCCCCAAAGGCUCUCCUCCCAUCGCCUGCACCGAUCCAGCACAGCCAACCUUCACCUGGACCAGCACCGCAUCUUCCAUCAUGUCGAGUCCCUUCGCUCCUCCGCCAACUCCCUGCGACUCUCUCCUUGACAUCCGCCCUCGCAAGUCAUCCUUCUCGAGCGAGAUGGCAGCCGCAUAUGCCUUCCCCUCCUGGCCCAAUCGACCAGCUCUCUCCAGCAACGACUCCUACGCCAAUGCCUACCUUUCGGAUGACGACUUGCUAUGGAUGCCCGAGAACUCCGCCGUCGAACAGGCCGUCAAGGAAGCCACCCAAGACUCCGUCGAUUCCAUCACGACCGAACAACAGCUCCUGCGCCUGCGCGCCAUCCGCGAACAAGAGGAUCGUGCCAACUUCCUAGCCAAAGUCGAGGCCCACGCGCGAGCCACCAAAGCCCUGCGAUCCGCCAAACAGGCCGCUGUCACUGAGCGCGAGACCAACUCAAAGCGCAAGAAGCGCCGUGUCGUGCCAACCCCCAAGCCCAAGCGACGUGCUCACUCGGCCUCCAAGGUGUCGGGUCACUAA